AUGAGCUGGAUCCAAAAGCUCAGACUCCUGGAUUGGCUUCAGUCCAGUCCCUGUGCCGAGUCCCUGUGCCGAGUCCCUGUGCCGAGUCCCUGUGCCGAGUCCCUGUGCCGAGUCCCUGUGCCGAGUCCCUGUGCCGAGUCCCUAUAUCAGAAGCUGUGGAAGAGCUAUGUGAAGCUGCGUCACCUGCUGGCCAACAGCCCCAAGGUCAGGCAGAUGGACAAGCAGAAGCUGACCCAGAGAGAGGAGGCUCUGCAGAAGAUCCGACAGAAGAACACGAUGAGGAGAGAAGUGACCGUGGAGCUGAGCAGUCAGGGAUUCUGGAAGACCGGGAUCCGCUCAGAUGUCUGCCAGCACGCCAUGAUGCUGCCCGUCCUCACGCACCACAUCCGCUAUCACCAGUGUCUCAUGCACCUGGACAAACUCAUCGGAUACAUCUUCAAGGAACGCUGCCUCCUACAGUUGCCCAUGACGCAGCCUAGUCACCACCUGAUCUGUGGGCAUGACCCCGGACCCCAACACCCCGUACUGCUCUGUCCAUCGGGGGCAGUCAGUCUAGCCCAAGUACGGGACCGCAAGGUGCUCCACAUGGACAGGUGGAUAGAUAAGGUGAGGAGUAGCUCGCGCUCUGCUCUCUCUCUGCUAGCUCUCGGCUCUCGCUCGGCUCCGCCGCAGCGCUCCCCGCCGGCUUCUCGCUCCCUGCUCUCGCUCCUCGCGCGCCCUCCGCUCUCCCUCUGCGCUGCGCCUCGCGGCGCGCUCGCUUUGCUCUCGCCUGCUCUCCGUGCCGCGCUCCCCUGCGCUCUCAGCUGCUCUCUCGCUCGUGCGCCCCCCUCGGCUCGCUCGCUGCGCUCGCUCUGCUCUCACGUCCGCUCUCCCGCUCUCGCGCUCUGCUCGCCUCGCUCUGCUCCCCUCUGGCGCGCUCUCGGCUCUCUCGCGCUCGGCGCUCCUGCCGCUCUCCCUGGCUGUCCCGCUGCGCUCUCGCCUCUCGCCCGCCGCGCUCCCUCCUCGGUCAAACCGCGCUCCUCCGUGAGGUCAGGCAUUUACUCUCGGAGUAACUUCAUGUCCCGACUGGGCCUGGACACCUCCGCCCCCUCCUGGAAGUGUCCGCCAGGGGGACGGCAUCGGCCCCCCCCCCCCGCCCCUGUGUGCCCCUCUAUUCUAAACACCCUAUGCUCAUCCACCUCUGCUCCCCCAUGGCGCCCCAACCCUCAGCCCUGGCCAGCACCGCUGGGUCACGAAUUAAGUCCGCUGUGA